GACAGAAAUCUGAAAAAAUCGAUCCCUGUCUACUAUCUACAUUCCCUCCGCCUGGUUCCGUCUGCCUGACGCCUCUUACCGUUCUCUUGUGCGGCGAUCGAUUGUGGUGGCAGCAAUCGGUCUUUUGCGAUUUGCAAGAAGGGAGCAUCGGCGUGACUGUUUCCUAUAGUGAUUGACAGUAAUUUUAGCUAAAGAGGAAAGUGAUUUUUUGUAAUAGAAGAUGGUAGCAGAUGCUACAGUAGUAGAGGUGGAUGCUCUGACGGUGGCAUUGAUACCAACAAAGAGGCAAAUGAAAUAUGUUUUGGUGACCGGUGGAGUUGUGAGUGGUUUAGGGAAGGGUGUGACAGCGAGCAGCAUUGGUGUUGUACUCAAAGCUUGUGGCCUUCGCGUUACCUCAAUUAAAAUAGACCCCUACUUGAACACAGAUGCAGGGACCAUGUCUCCUUUUGAACAUGGGGAGGUUUUUGUUCUUGAUGAUGGCGGAGAGGUUGACUUGGACUUGGGAAACUAUGAACGGUUCUUGGAUAUUACUCUUACCAAGGAAAACAACAUCACUACAGGGAAGAUAUAUCAGUCUGUUAUCAACAAGGAGAGAAGAGGUGACUAUCUUGGAAAGACAGUUCAGGUUGUGCCUCACAUAACUGAUGCCAUAAAGAAUUGGAUUGAGUCAGUCUCCUCUAUUCCGGUUGAUGGAAAAGAUGGUCCUGCUGAUAUCUGUGUAAUAGAGUUGGGUGGAACUGUAGGUGACAUUGAAUCAAUGCCCUUUAUUGAAGCUCUGCGCCAGUUGUCAUUUUCUCUUGGUGAUGAAAAUUUCUGCCUUGUUCAUGUGAGCCUCGUACCGGUGCUUAGUGUUGUUGGUGAGCAGAAAACAAAGCCAACACAGCAUAGUGUUCGUGAAUUAAGAGCAUUGGGCCUAACACCUGACCUAUUAGCAUGUCGUUCUGCCCAACCUUUAAUUGAAGGUACCAAGGAAAAACUAUCACAAUUUUGUCAUGUACCGGUUUCAAAUAUUCUCAAUAUUCAUGAUGUUCCUAAUAUCUGGCAUAUCCCCCUAUUACUUUGGAACCAAAAUGCUCACGAGGCCAUAAUGAAGCAACUAAAUCUCAGCAUCUGUAAUGCUCCUAAUUUUCAGAGCUGGAGAAAGAUGGCAGAGUCAUACGAUAACCUGACUAGUUCUGUUAAAAUUGCUAUGGUGGGGAAAUACGUUGGACUAUCUGAUUCUUAUCUAUCUGUGAUCAAGGCCCUUUUACAUGCCUGUGUUGCUUGCUCUUUGAAGCCGUCAGUUGAAUGGGUUGCUGCUUCAGAUCUUGAAGAUGAAAGUGCAAGAUCGACUCCACAAGCACACGCUGCUGCAUGGAAAACCAUUGAAGGUUGUUCAUGCAUUUUGGUUCCUGGUGGAUUUGGCGACCGUGGAGUUCCUGGAAUGAUAUUGGCUGCUAAAUAUGCUAGGGAGAACAAAGUUCCAUAUCUUGGGAUUUGUUUAGGGAUGCAGAUUUCGGUUAUUGAAUUUUCUAGACAUGUUUUGGGGUUGGAGAGAGCAAAUAGUGAGGAAUUUGAUCCUGAGACUCCACACCCUGUUGUAAUUUUCAUGCCUGAGGGUUCAAGAACUCACAUGGGAAGCACAAUGAGACUGGGUUCACGGAGAACAUUCUUUCAAGAUUUGAAUUGUACCUCUUCAAAGCUAUAUGGAAACUCUUCAUUUGUAGAUGAGCGCCAUCGACACAGAUAUGAGGUCAAUCCCGAUUUUGUGGAAACACUGGAAAGUGCCGGUUUAAAAUUUGUGGGAAGUGAUGAAACCGGAAAGAGAAUGGAGGUUCUGGAGCUACCAAAUCAUCCCUACUACAUUGGUGUUCAGUUCCAUCCUGAAUUCAAAUCAAGACCUGGGAAGCCUUCUGCCUUAUUUUUAGGGCUUGUAUUGGCUGCUACAGGAAAAUUGCAAGCUCUUCUGAACAAAGCGUAGUGAUAAUAUUCUU